AUGAGCUCGAUUCAAGACUUCGAGCAGAAUUUGACUCCCGUUACUGAAGAGGUCUUCAAGGCGGCGGUGGAGUUGGUGCAAAAUAUGCCCAAAGAUGGUAAGUCUUAAUGUAAUGUAAGGCAUCUUUGUUGAUUUUAAAGUUAUGGGUUGAUAUUUGGUUUUUAGCUUAAAAGUUGAGGUUUUCAAUUGUUUUCUAUGUUGGAUGUAAAUUUUUAUAUUACAAUGAAGACUUGUUAACUUUGUGAUUGUUUAGGAGAUGUUAUUUUGUCAAAUGAAGAGAAACUUUCGUUUUACGGUCUGUUUAAGCAGGCUACACUAGGACAAUGUAAUACUUCACGACCAAACAUUUGGAACGUUGUAGAACGGUAUAAAUGGUAUGUUUUAAAUUUUUUACUCAAGGUAUAAAAUACACAUUUAGGCUGUCAAAUAUUCGACAUAAAGUUUGAAAAUCCUACUUUUAAAUUAUUUUAAACUAAUUUUACAAUUGAUUAUUUAGGGACGCUUGGAGUGCCUUAGGUUGUUUGGAGCCAGAAAAGGCCAAGUCAAUCUACGUGAAUCGUCUUCAGAACGUCAUGGAAAAGGUGCUUGAGAAGAGAAGUGUUCACGAACUGUUGUCUGACCCUCGGUGGACCCAUAUUCGACCAGUCGUUGAGCCCAAAUUCAAAAUUCUUGGCAGAUCAAUAGAAGGCCCUGGAGGGUUUAAGGACAAAGCUGUGCCAUCUACUUCUUCUAAGUGUAUGUUUUAUACAAAGAACAAGAAAAGUAAUUUAUUAAAUUUUGAUUUAAAAAGCGUAUAUUGGAAUUAAAAAGGGAGUUUCAACUUUUUUGAUAUUUCAAAAUUAAAGUUACAGUACACCUAUUUGUAGCUGAAGAAGGAUCGUUGAUGGAGACAGCCUACUCGGAGGCUGUUACUUCAAAUCCGGGUAGUAAUGUUGUCAGUGAUGACGAAUAUAUGGAUGCAAGGGAAGAUUCUCCAGUCAUAGUGACCCCAACUGAACUACGGUAAGUUGAUUUUUUACAGUUUCAUUUUUUAAUUUUCUUAUGUAAAUAGAUUUUAUAAAACCGUGUCGUAAUUGAAUCCUUGUAGGAAUUCACCGUUGCCAGCCCCAGAAGACCCCACAAGUCAGAGUUUAACUUCGGACCUUGUGAAUUCAUUUCAAAUGACUACAAAGUUAAUUACACAACAGAUUACUGCGUUGAACGCGGCGUUUAACCACCAAAAAAAAGUAUUGCAGAGGUUGCUGAACAACCUUGUAAGUCACGGAUUUUGAAAUUUAAAACUUUUUCUUUAAAGUUUGGGGUUUUAAACUACAUCAAGUUAACCUUUAUUUGGUUUUUUACAUAACAAUACCACCAAGAAAAGUAAAAACAACAUUACAAUAGCAUGUUAUGACAUUUUAGGCCAACUACCGAGUGAUCUCUUGGCCAUUACUGAUAUUUUUGUUAAUCUGGCCAGUUAUUGUACAAUUACUCAUCAAAUAUUUGUUCCGAUCGCGGUGA